AUGAUGCAACAAAUGAUGUUUGAUAGCAAAAAGGAAAGAGUGGAAAGCAGUGCCUUUCGUCAAGAGAUCAAGUCCACCACUCAGCAACAAGAGAAGGCAAUUGACUUGUUAGAGCGCCAAGUGAGCCAAAUCCAACAAACUCUGGCAAAAGUCAACCCAGAACGACUUCCCAGCAACACUGUUCCUAAUCCUAAGGGUCAUCAUGAAGCCAAUGCAAUGGUUUUGAAAAGCGAGAAGGUGGUGGAUGCAGCUCCAGUGGUUAAGAAGCCAAGAAAAAAGUGGGAAGAACCUGUAUUAGAGCAGAUUGUGCCUGAGGAACCAUCAAAAGUCAGUUUAGGCACCCCAACUCAAUCUGCUGAGGAAUUCUCUCAACCUAUUCAGAACGCACAUGGAACAAACAUUGAGUCGAGACCGAAACCAGCCCUGGUUACAGAAACAAGUGAAGGAGGAAAGAGACAAGGAGAUCCUAGACAUCUUCAAGAAGACUUGUGCACUUCAAAGAGAAAAUUCAAAGGAAUCGAAACAGUUGCCUUUAGUGAGAGGGUGUCUAUUGUGCUGCAAAGAAAGUUACCACCAAAGUUAGGUGAUCUGGGACGUUUCACUAUUCCAUGCACUAUUGGUGAUCACAGGUUUGCUGGUGCUCUUCUUGAUUUAGGUGCUUCCAUAAAUUUAAUGUCAUAUGCUGUGUAUGAUAGAAUGAAUAUGGGAGAACUUUUGCCUACUAGGAUAACCAUUAAACUUACCGAUCAAUCUAACUGUUACCCUAGAGGUAUUAUAGAAGAUAUGCUAGUGCAUGUUGGUGAUUUGAUUUUUCCAGCGGAUUUCUUUGUAUUAGAUAUAGAAGGUGAACAAGUGCCCUCUGAGAUACCAUUGAUUCUUGGUAGACCAUUAUUGAGAACAGCUCGCACUAAAAUUGAUUGUUAUGAAGGUUCACUUAGCAUGGAAGUAGCUAGAGAAAAGAUCAAAUUCAACAUCUUUGAAUCCCUUAAGCACCCAAAUACUGAUGAUAUGUACUCUUGUUGUUCUACUGAUGUUUUUGAGAGUUUUAUGCAGGAGUUCAUUAAGUACUCAUUGGAUGAGGAUCCCAUGCGAAAAGUCAUAGAAAUGGCUGGUAAAAAGAAAGUUUCAGCACAACCGGUUCAAUCUAUUAAGGAAAUUCAUCAACAUGUGGAAUUUGAGCCUGUAUUUGAGAUUGCAUGA